GUCAGAUUCUAUUCCACAUGGAUAGGUGAAGGCGUCAGGUGUUUAUUACGGACGCAGAUGCUGUGGUCGCACACCUCUGCGUCAGAGCGUUUUUAUUGACUCCUCACCUGGACCAGGAAGACUCGACAUAUAAACUACGGUGACAUCAGGUUUCUAAUACCUGCCAUCAUGUCUUUGUACGAGGAUGAAGCAAACACUUCUACAGAAAAUCAGUCUGAGGCUUUGGCUUUGGAGCUAACAUGCCCCAUAUGCUUACAGCUAUACUCUGAGCCGGUGGCUCUUCCCUGUGGUCACAUUUACUGCCUUGCAUGCCUCAAGACCAUGGAAGAAGGCCUUGACCAACACAGCUGUCCUGAGUGUCAAGCUGAGUACAAGGGAACCACCUCCCUUGUGAAAAGCUUCAAGAUGUGUAGUAUCGUAGAGACCUACAAAGUGACUGCUGGGAAAAUCAUGUCCACUGCAGACCCCUCUGAUGUCGGCCAUGUAACAUUAAAGAGCACUCAUAGCUCUGUUACAAGUGAACCGGACACACACCAUCAUCAUGAUUUAGCAACAGUUGGAGAGAACAAAGAAGAUGGUGCAGAAUGCAAGUCAAAGGCUGGCUUUAAAAUUGGGUCUGGAUCCACAGAGCGCCCCGUUAAUUUAAAAGAAGAAAAAGGCAGUAGCCAGGGCAAAAUGGAGAGGGAUGAACCUAAGUUUGAACUGGCCUCUCAAGUCACAGAGUUAAACCUAAAGCUGGAGAUGGCAGAGGAUGUUUUGAAGAAAGAAGAAGCAUGGAAAUCUGAGUUGACUACUGCUAACUCUCAGCUGAAAGAGAAAGCAUCCAAACUGUUAGAGCAGAUAAAGGAUUUGGCACAGAGCUAUAGUGAACAGGUAACACAGAUGAUUGAGGAAGAGCUAGGUCCAGGUGAGGCCAGUGUAGAGAGUCGAGUCAGUCAAGCCUUUGAGCUGACAAAGCAGCUGAGGCACACUGUGCUUAGAGCCGAGUCCCUGCUGACUGAAAAGGAUGAGGCCACAUUUAAUAAUGAGCUCCAAAGUCUACAACCAUGCAUUGAGGAAUUACUGGCAGGACCAGUAAGAGAAGACGAAGACCACGUUGAAGUAAAAGUCAGCCCUUCACGAGCUUGUCCCAAGUUAGAACACAUGAACGCUGAGCUGAAGGAAAGACUUGGAGAGGCUCAGCGUUCACUUCGGACCACCCUCAACCCAUCAGAGGUAACCUUUGAUCCAGAAACAGCCCAUCCUAAUCUCCUUCUAUCAGAGGAUUUGAAGACAGUGACUUUCAGUGCUGUUAAACAGCCCUACCUGUCCUCACCACAGAGGUUCACCAGCUUCUUCCAGGUCCUCAGCACCCAGAGCUUCUCUGAAGGUGAGCACUGCUGGGAGGUGGAGCUGGAAGGCUCUCCAUGGAUCAUUGGUGUAUGCUACAGUGGGAAGAUGGAGCGCAGCGGGUUGCCAUCUGCACUGGAAAGCAGCCGGAGCUCCUGGUGUCUAAUGUGGUUCAAUAACCUGUUGACUGCCUUUGAGCAGAGUCACAGUGUCCCACUGAAGAGGACCACUGUGUCACGCAGGCUUGAAAUCAAGCUGAGCUUUAAAACCCACAGACUGAGCUUCUACAACAUCAGUCCUACCAGUGGGAAGACUCACAUCUACACAUUCAAGGCUAACCUGAGUGAACCAGUGCAUCUAGCUUAUAGGAUGAUGUCAGGGCAUCCCAAAGCCCGUGUCACUAUUUGUUCAUAAUCACAAGUGAUCAAAAUGUACUGCAUGGAUCAUAAAGUUAAUUGUAACACCAAAGUUGAAACUUGAUUUGUGUAAUGAAUCAUUUUAACUUUAACAAUAUGCUUCUGUGAUAAUACCAACUGCUUUUAAGGUCACUUUGACAUGAAGGCAUAUGUGUGUGAACUACUCAUGCUCUUUAACAGACUGUAGUUUAAUGCAAUGAUUCUCAACCUGUCUUUCUUGGGGACCCCGGUCGUGCAAAUACUAAAAAGCCAUGGAUCCCCUACCCCACUCGGGACUAAAACCAUGCUUGGUUUUAUGCUUUCAAAAGUAAAAUUCUCACCAUAAUAAUGUAUUCUGGCUGAGUCCUGUCCUUCCAUAAAGCCAAAGUUAAAUUAAGAUCAUAUAACCUUACUUUUUUUCUUAAAAUAGGGAUCAUGUGUGGACAUUAAUCACAAUGGCUCUGAAAGUUCAAAGCCUCUGGGACCCCCCUGUGCUCUUUGAGGGACCCCCUUGGAAACCACUGGUUUAAUAUAUGCAUGCAUUUAAUAGGUUAUGAAGGGUACCAGUGUGCACUAAUACAGAACAUGUAAAGAAAUGUCUUUUGACUUUACUGCAAUGCUCUCAAUAUAAUCAAGAUGUAGUUAAAACGAUGACAAAACAAAUUAAAAUAUGUAUUGAUUUC